UAGAAAAAGUUUUCCUUUUCUAUUAUUCAAUGUGGUUAGGCAGAGCGGGAAAGGACAAGCUGCACCACCACCUUAUAACUGCAUCAUAAAAAUAGCACCCUUUCAAAAUAUAAUUAACCAAAUUGGGUAUAACGAACUGACGUUAAAUCUAGUACCAUAUAUACGGGUCACCUCUAUAGUGAAAUUGGAAAAAGGAAAAGCUAUAUAAGAGAAAGAAGUAGGAAAAGUGCAGGCAUCCUGUUAUUCGUGUCCCCAUGUCUUCGCCAAUACAUGUCCUCUCGGUUUCAUUGUUGCUUCUAAUUGCAGUACUGCCUUAUGAUGCCAAUGCAUGGAAAAGUGGCGGUCAUGAUCACCAUGCAGCGCGAGCGACUUUGCCCAAGCACCAUAGGCCCAAGUUCAAGCCCGGCCCCUGGAAGCAGGCUUUUGCAACCUUCUACGAAGGCGGUUCCGGAACAUUCGGGGGAGCUUGUGGGUACGAAGACGUGGUGAGUGAAGGGUACGGGCUGGACAGUACAGCAGCACUAAGCACAGCUCUGUUCAAUAAUGGUCAGACAUGCGGAGCUUGUUAUGAACUCAAAUGUUGGAAUGACCCUCAAUGGUGCAAUCUGGGUGCCCCUUCUCUCUUCGUCACUGCCACCAACCACUGCCCUCCUAACUACAAUCUAGCAAGUGACAACGGAGGCUGGUGCAACCCUCCUCGUGAGCAUUUCGAUCUUGCAAAGCCUGCUUUCCUCAAGAUUGUGCAGUCGUACACGGCUGGCAUCAUUCCUGUCCAAUACCGCAGGGUUCCAUGCAAGAAGCAAGGAGGCAUUCGAUUCACCAUAACGGGGAAUCCAUAUUUCAACCAAGUAUUAGUAUGGAAUGUGGGGGGUGCUGGAGAUGUGACGAGCUUGCAAGUGAAGGGUAACAAGAACCUUAAAUGGACAUUAAUGAAACGGAAUUGGGGACAGAAGUGGGAUACCGAUGCAAUGAUGGUAGGGGAAUCACUCACCUUCAGAGUUAGAGCAAGUGAUGGUAGAUACUCAACCUCUUGGCACGUUGCCCCCAAGACCUGGCAGUUCGGUCAGACUUUCGAAGGCAAAAACUUCAAGUAGCUGGCUAGCAAUGCAUAUAUAAAUAUAUACCUGUAUUGAUUAUAUAUUAAACCUCCUCUCUUCUCCUAGUCUCCUGAUCUCUCUCCAUCGCUAGCUAGCUGCAUGCUACUUAAUACUCUUGUCUAGAUGAUCUGCAGCUCAAGCUUCUUGCUUGCUUUAUAAACUUGAUCAGUCUAGUCUUUGACCACAUCUUGUAUGAUGUUAUUAUGUAUAUCACUUUGAAAAGGACGGCUAAGCAAUUAAGCCGACCUAUUAAU